AUAGGAUCGCGCGUGCCGACCGUCGCGCGGAGUUUCCGUUUGAUCACGAUUCACGAAUCAUUUAUCAUUACUCCAUCGACCAUCACGCGCGUCAGUCGGUCACUGUUCACUCCGAAGUCCGAACUCGACGGCGGUCCAAGUUUUCUUCGCAACACGUUUUCUGUCUCCUCCGAGGGUUUCCAGAACGUCAUACGCAGAUCGUUUUUAUUAGUUUGCACCUUUUACUUUAACUGUGCAAAACGUCUUUCAAUAUCAUUAAAGAAGAGGACCGGUGCCUGAUUUGUUAUUACGUCGCGAUCCACAUCCACCACUAUAUUAUAUGUCCAUUUAUAGGAUAUUAUUUUAAAUUAGUAUCUGUUCGAUCAUCGUCGAUUGUGUUCCGUUGGCAUUUUUCUGGACCGCAAGAAUUUAGUCGCUAUCUGGAAAUUGUAAAAUUUCUAUAUGAAAAUGGAAAUGUAUUGUGCACCUCAAAACAAUGUUGUAUACUGCGAUUACUACACGCCUACGCCUAUACCUCGGUAUCCAUCACCAUAUUCUCAAUCGUCAUACAUGUCCAGUACAUCAAGUUAUUCACAAUCAUCAUUUUCACCAGUGUCAUCGCCUUACACUCCACCCUCUCAGACUUCAGAACCAUUUGCAAAUGGAAAUGACAAUGUAUUCAAAUUUCCUUCAAUAAUUCGAGACCAAUAUAUUCCUACACGUGAAGAUUUGAUAAGCGCUGCUAUUGCUAGAGCAAAAAAUUUGAUUGAAAUAGAAGAAAUUGGUCAGCGUUUAAUUUCAGUUGAUAAAAGACAUGUUAUUCAAAAUAAUGGUCAAAAAACACUAUUGUCAACAAUAAAACAAGAACCAAAACGUGGCAGUGAGCUAUAUGUUGCAUUACCAAAAGCUUGUUUGGAAGGAUUUCUCUAUGCUAUUUUUUCACAGUUUGGAACCAUUCAUCAAAUUCGCUUAAUGAUGCAUUUCUCUGGUUCAAAUCGAGGAUAUGGUUAUGUAAUGAUGAGUAGCCCUAUGGAAGCCGAGAUAGCGCUUGCUAAACUGAAUGAACUUACUCUUCCUGGUAUCAGGGGUCACUUAUUGGUGAGCAUGUCUACUGAUAAUAGGACAUUAUUUGCCAGGAACAUACCUAUGGAUUUAUCUGAAGAACAAUUACAAACAGAAUUUGAAAAACGUGUAGAAGGUGUAAAGAAAGUGCGUGUUUUUAAUAAUACAGAUGAUCCUAGCAAAAAUAGAGAGUUUUGUUUCGUAAUAUUCAAAGAUCAUAGAAGUGCUGCUUUAGCUCGCCGCUCAAUGGCAGAAAGUCCAUUUUUUAUCAAUGGUGUUUCCAUUAAAAUUCAGUGGGCAGAAUCUGAACCAGUAUUUCGACACUCUGUUUUGAUAAGAAUGAAACAACUACAUAUUAGGAACAUGAAUGUCCACACAACAGAAGAAGAUAUAUGGAACAUUUUGUGUCAACAUGUUACACCAAAUAAUAUUGUAUUUAUAAAGAAAAAUAACACUUGCGCAAGAAUAAAAUUUAUUCGUCACGAAUAUGCUGAUAUCGUACGGAAAAAUCUUGAUGGUAAACGAGUUCAUGGAAUUAAUUGGAUAGUGAUGUGGGACAAAAUAGAAGGAACAAAAUAUGAAUGUGAAGGAUAUUUUAAGCAUUUAAGUAUAUAGUCUAAACAGUAAUUAUUUAUACUUAUAAUUAUUAUAUCUUGUUAAUCCGAAAUUAUUUAACCAAUACUGCAUGAAUAACAAUAAUUCAAAAACUAGUGUUAGACCUUUAGUUUCCAAAAAUUU